AUGAGCAGUAGAGAAGAAAUAUCAAAAGCUCUUUUGGGUUUAGCUGAUACAGAAGAUGCUGUGGAAGCAAUGGAAAAGGAAAUUGAGUUGUAUAGAUUAGAGAAAAUGAGGCCGAUCUAUUCCACUCGUGAUAAAUUUAUUGAAAAAAUUCCAUCUUUUUGGAAAGUUGUACUUUCGCAACAUUCAAAUUUUGCCAAUUACAUCAGAGCAUCAGAUUUUAAAUAUGUGGAUUGUAUUGAUAGGGUUACGGUAGAUUGGGAUAAAGAUGGUAAUUACUCAAUUGUUAUUAAAUUUAAUGGUAUUGAAGAUGAUUUCCCAAGUCAAACAGUUAUUAAACCCUUCAAAUUAGUUAAAAUUGAAAAUGAUUUGAAAGGAGAAGGAAAAUCAAAUGAUGAGGAUGAGGAUGAAGAGUUAGAUGAAAUUGAAAAAUUGAUCAGCGAACCAGUUGAUAUCAUAUGGCCAAAAUCCUAUGAUAAUAUUAAUCCAGCAAAGAUUAAAGAUAAGAAAUCUGCAGAGGGUAAGAAGAACUAUAGAACUGGUAUGAAAACAAUAUUUGGUUGGUUUAAAUGGACUGGUUUAAAACCAGGUAAAGAAUUCCCAGACGGUGAUUCAUUAGCAGAAUUAUUUGCAGAGGACUUGUAUCCAUAUUGUGUGAAAUACUACACAGAGGCUCAACGUGAUUUAGAAGAUGAAAUGAGUGAUGAUGGUGAGGCAGGUGAUAGUGCUGAAGAACCAUUAGACAUUUCCAACAGUGAAUUAGAAGAUGGUGAAGAAUCAGAUGUUGAAAAUGGUAGUAAGGCUAAAAGGCAGCGCGUCAAUUAG